UCUUUGUGUUUGCUCAUGUCUCCAUCUCUACAGUUUGGGUGUUUGAACCAUAAUGGGAACCUUGCUUCUGUACAAAGCCAUGAUGAGUACAUCUUUAUACAGAAGCUGAUUAGACAAACAACUCAUGCAUCAACACCUGCCUGGAUCGGAGGCCAUAAGGGUUAUUAUCGUUGGUUCUGGAGUGAUGGAUCCAAAAUGAACUAUCAAAUAUGGUCGCCUGGAAAACCCAGUUCCACUAAAGAUGAGCGCUGCAUUGAGAUGAACUCUGUCAAUGGCAACUGGAAUGAUGAAGACUGUAAAGUAGCUAAAGCCUAUGUGUGUGCGUACUGAAACAGCAUGUGAAGAAUCAAUGUAGAAGAAACAAGCUACUUUGAUUCAUUUACUUUCCAUUAGAAAUAUUUAAUGGAGGCUAAUAAAUGUGUUAAAAAGGUUAA